UCUGCAGUUUGGCGGGUUUGUAGUUUGGAAACCUUCCCGGGCUUUAAAUUAGUAAUUUGGUAGGAAAACCGCCAACCCCGCUCCCUGCCCAAAACCAAGCCCCGCCCCUGGAAGUAAUGGGGGUGGAGCCAAACUAAAAGCCUUUGUUGCGGUUGGAGCUGCCACAAAAAAAACAUUUCCGGUUAGACUUAGAGCCGCCAUCUUGGUACACCCGUAUGAUAAAGGCUUGUUUCAUAAGAGGGAUCUCACAGUAACGGCUCCCGGGUAGGCAGACUCCUGCCAUUGCGGCACCCAAGCGAAUAGAACGAGCAGAAGCCUGAGAGAUUAUUUCAUUUUACAGUUUGGGUGCACCAAGAUGUCCGUCUCCCGUCUGUGACCCGCCGGCAACAUGGAACCCGCCGGUCGCAGAGAGAAGCCCAAGGGAAAGGAAGCCGCAAACCGGCAGGAGAAAGCCAAGCAGAAAUCGGUCCAACAGGAGCUAAAGCAGCGCCAGCGAGCGGAGAUCUACGCCCUCAACAAGGAGAUGACUGAGCUGGAACAGCGGCAGUUUGAGGCUUUCUGCAAAGAGAUGCAAGCGUCCGGCAAAUAGGGGCGCCCCCUGGGGGUGCAGCGGGCACGUCCCACCCCAGGGAACCCGUGGGGGCAGUACUGGGGUCUCGCCCUGGGAGGGGGCGGUUUUGGGGAAAUGCUGGGGUCUCAGCCUCAGAGUAUGACUUCCCUAUAUAAGGAGCCACUUGCCCCCCAUGUAAUGCCCCCCUCUAUUUCCUAUUAAACCUUGUGCUACUGGGA